AUGAUAAAUAUCGCAAAUAUCGCUAAACGUGCACUCGAUGAAGUAUUAUCAAAAGACAUCGCUCGGAUAACGAACUUGACAGAGGAGGAAACUUCAAUCGCUGAUCAAAUACUGAAUCUGUUGAACGACAUUUGUACAAGCGACAGUUAUGAAAUUGAUGAUGAUACUACUCUGGAGCUCGUCGACAAUAUUGAUAUCAAUAAUACUGAUAUCGACUUUACGCCUGAAGAUAAUAGUAGCGACUCCAGUUUCGAAUUUACUGCAUUUACGUUGGACUGUAUGAGAAAAGUUGUAGAUUUUGCUCGGCCGGGUAUCGCAUUUACAACAGUACAACAUGAAUUUCCACGUGUAAAAUAUCCAAUGCAAUUAGCACAAUUUCGAGAAUAUGUGCAAAACGAUGAAAAUCGUCGAUAA